AUGAGGAAUACAAUUUCUAAGCGGGCAAUUCGCAAUUUCUUGCGGCACAUCGAAUCGAUAACCGAUCAACAUCGACGUCGCUUCUAUGCAAUCUACCUCAGCGAUGCGAAAUCCCGUCUCGAAGACAGACUCGAUGCCGGAAAGUACCGGAGAGAAACUCUCGAAAACUUCGACAUCCUGGGCCGUCUGGGUGAAGGCGCUUUCGGAAUCGUGCUGCUGGCCCGGUACAAGGCUGACGGAGCGCUCUUCGCAAUAAAAGUCUUGGACAAAUUCAAAAUGGAGGUUCGCGGCUGUCAGAAUGAGACGAUCAGAGAAAGAAACUUGGCUGCAUCGGUCCAGACGAACUUCGUCGUGAGGGCGCUCUACUCGUUCCAGGACCCGCACAACGCGUAUAUCGUGACGGAAUUCGCAGAAUACGGCGAUCUGAACCUCCAAUUCGUGGCGAAAGAAAAUGUGCACGUCAGCGAGAAGCUUAUCAAACUAAUCACAGCCCAAAUCGUUCUGGCGAUCGAGUAUUUGCAUGCUUGCAGCAUCUUACAUCGCGACCUGAAGCCAGCGAACGUCUUGCUAUUCAAGGACGGAUGUGUGAAAGUUAGCGAUCUGGGGUGUUCUAAAAAAAUUGAACACUAUACUACCACAUUCCAAGGGACAAUCGAAUACUGUGCGCCAGAAGUCAUAAUAAAGAAACCAUACGGCAAGGCGGUCGAUUGGUGGUCUCUAGGGGCUAUGCUCUUCGACUUGGUGUUUAAGGAGCCUCCUUUCGGGAGAAAGAAAACUGGCGAAGAGAAACGGCACGGGAGGGCGUCCAUGAUGGAGGAAGUCUGUACCACAACCUUCGAAUUUCCGGAGCCGUCGGAGUUCCCAAACAUCACCAUGAGCGGCGAGUUCAAAAAUCUGAUCUGUGAACUGCUGGCACCGGAUGCCAACGCUCGAUUAGGUGGAAAGCGAGGGGGCGCCAAGCAUGUCAGAGCGCAUUCUUGGUUCAGAGAAAUCAAUUUUCUGACCCUCUUCUUUGGAGGAUACAAAAAUUCACUCAUUGCUGAGCUACCAGACGGGGUGGCGCUCAUGAGAGCUGAACCUCCGGCAGAAGUCCCCAGGAGUGAAGGCUUAUGUGAGGAUCAAACCCUUUUCGCGGAUUUCUGA